UCAUCCAUUCAAAACAUUGGGCAACAAACAAACGACAAAAGAAAUGUUAGGACAUUGCACCACGUGAUAUCUGAUUCAUUUGAGUCAGUUGAGUUGAUUCGGUUCAGUGUCGUCGUCUAAGUAGUUAAAGGUCAUUAUUAUUCUGCACUAUUUAGCCAACCAAAAUGGACGCAGUUAAACUGCGCGUGGCCUUUGGUCAAAAACAAACAGUCUGCACCACUGGUCGAAGUUCACUCCCUCCCCUUUAGCGUGUCUGCUAAUCUAUAUGUUAAAUCAGUGCUAAAUCUGUGCAUUUGCGGUGUUUUUAGCGCGAGAGACUUUGACAGCCCUGCUAUAACACGAGCCGUCGGACCCGAGCCUCCUGCUUUCGCAAAUUUCUUUGGUAUAAAAAUGCUUGGGAAGCUGUCAUCCACCCUGCAGCGCUAUAUAUCAGCAACUUCCUGCAGAUCUGAUGUGCUGUUCAAAAUUCACCCCACCGUGUGUGAGGCUCUGUCUGAUCACCGGCCGGUCGUGGCUCUGGAGAGCACCAUCAUCACACAUGGAAUGCCAUACCCUCAAAACCUGAGUACAGCCAAAGAGGUGGAGGACAUUGUGAGAGCUGAGGGUGUGACUCCUGCCACGGUGGCUGUUCUGGAGGGAAAGGUGCAUGUUGGCUUGUCUUCAGAUGAGCUGGACUCCCUGGCCUGCAGUAAAACGACCCUGAAGGUGUCCAGGAGAGACUUGCCUUAUGUCAUCAGCAAGGGUUUGUCUGGAGGAACUACUGUCUCGGGUACGAUGAUCGCAGCUCACAAGGCGGGAAUUCCUGUUUUUGUGACUGGGGGUAUCGGUGGAGUACACAGAGAUGGAGAAAAUACCCUGGAUAUCAGCGCAGAUCUGACUGAACUGGGCCGCACUCCGAUUGCUGUGGUGUCUGCUGGAGUGAAGUCCAUCCUGGACAUUGGUCGAACCCUGGAGUUCUUGGAAACUCAAGGGGUCUGUGUAGCCACUUAUGGAGAGUCAAAGAGUUUCCCAGCUUUCUUUUCCCAUAAAAGUGGAUACAUAUCGCCUUACAAUGUCCACAAUGCUGAAGAAGCUGCUGAGCUUAUAGCGAGUACACUCUCUCUGGGCCUUCAGAGUGGAGUACUGCUUGCUGUGCCUCUUCCAGAUGAACAUGCUGCUGCUGGACAGCAGAUAGAAGAUGCCAUACAAGCUGCUGUGACUGAAGCCAGACUGAAAGGAAUCAGCGGGAGAGAUGUGACCCCCUUCAUCCUACACAGAGUCAAUGAGCUCACUGAGGGACAGUCUCUCCGAGCCAACAUAGCUCUAAUUCAUAAUAAUGCCAGGGUGGGCAGUCAGAUAGCACGUGCCCUCGCUGAGCGCACACAGCAACCCCGAGGAGGCUGCAGGAACCAGAAGGAUGAGAACCAGGCCUCUAAACCUAAAACGAUUGUUGUCGGAGGUGUAAAUGUUGACUUCAUUGCUAAAGGAGCAAGCAAGAAGUUAUUGUUUGGACAGACAAACCCAGGAAGUGUCUGCCAGUCCUUUGGUGGAGUGGGAAGGAAUAUUGCAGACUGUUUGAGUAGACUGGGUCAAACAGUUCUGUUCAUCUCAGCCAUUGGAGCAGAUUCUCAUAGUGAUGCUGUGCUCAACUACUGUAAACAUAUGUUCUGUGUCAACUUGAGUGUACGCUCAGAAUUAGACCUUGACAAACGAGACCCCGGAUCUUUGCUGUGCGUUCAACAGGACACUCAUGCAGUUGCGAGAUUGCAGGGUCAGCGAACGGCCACCUACUGCGCUAUCAUCACAGAGAGUGGAGAGCUGAGUCUAGGACUUGGGGAUAUGGACAUUCACCAGGAAAUCAAAGAGCAAUAUGUUUCGCAGUACGAGGACCAGCUCUCCUCUGCGUCUCUUGUGGUUCUUGAUGGCAACAUUCCAGUUUCUACUGUUGACUACAUAUGUAGCCUUGCUAAGAAACAUUCAGUUCCAGUAUGGUAUGAGCCCACGGAUGCUGAAAAAGCCUGUAAGCCCUUUGUUUCCGAGAGCUGGAAAGCACUCUCUUACACAUCUCCCAACCUGGCAGAGCUGCGCACCAUGAACCAGACUCUCCGUCUACCUACUCCACAGGUGUUGCCAAGCUCUCUGGAGGACGUGUUGGGGUGUGCAGCAGCUCUUUCUCGCCCCCUGCUGGAGCACCUGCAUUGUGUGGUAGUGACGCUGGGAGCACUGGGAGUGUUGGUCUGUGGAGAGCAUGAAGCUGGUACAGUCAGUCUGCGACCCCGAAAGCACAAACGGAAAGGAAGGCUGUGUGCUGUGUACUACCCCGCACUGACGGUACGUUCUGACGAGACAUUAAACGUGUCUGGAGCAGGAGACAGUCUUGCAGGUGCAAUGAUGGCAGGGAUCCUGCAGGGGAAAGACACAGACACCUGUGUACGAAUGGGCCUUCUUGCUGCGCGUCUGUCUUUAUUCUCUCCUCACCCCAUCGCUCCAUCUCUGACUGCAGAUGCCAUCCUCCCAAACAGGGUGCACCCACAGCCCUGGCCCAAACCAAACUGCAUGUGGAUGGAGUCAUAAUAAAGUGGAUUU